CACUGGGGGGCGCUGUGAUAUUUCUGACGCCUCACAGAUCGUCGCUCUGAUUGGUCAAGGAUUGAGCGUCUUGUCCAAUGACUAGAAUGUCCCCGUUUUCAAAUCGACGCGGAAAUAUCUAACAUUCAGCCUGUUUAGAGACCUGAGACCCGCCUGCUAUUGAUAUGGAGAGCUUUCUAAGGCGAAAGCUUGCCCAGGCCGGUGGAUCGACUCUUCAGAAACCCAUUUCUUCUUACCAGGCUAUCAAACUGCCAGAUCUGUGUAAUAGUUUCUAUUCAAUUGCAGAUGAACCUUUUCCCCAAGUGUCUGGAUUUCUGGAUGACACUGUCGGCCCGUCGUUUCUUUCAAAUGAAGCUGGAACUGUGUUGAAUUCCCCUGCUUGCACACCAUUAGAAAAUCAAACCAAAAAUAAGGAUGAUUCUGUUUUUAAUCACUCUCUUGGAGCGCCCUGUCAGUUGGCUGAUGGAAGCAUGUCUACUAGAUCACUACAGAAUGAGAAAGACAUUAGUGCAACAGCAGAUAAAGCAGAUGGACACUGCAAUGAUCCCACGGUAUCCACUGCAUCUUUAGAGAAAUCUGAUUUCAUGAGUGCAGAAUUGAAAAACAGCACUUUUAAUGUGAGUCAAGACUUGAAAGAACGGUCUGACACUGGUGGUAAUACGACUGUUGAUCUACACAACAUCAGGGAGAAGAACAGCACUUUUGAGUCUCAAGAAUCAAAGGAGAGGCCUGACCCUAAUUCAACAGUGGACAUUGAUGUCCCCAGUAUAAAGGCUGAGUCAGGAAAUACCACUGUUGAUGUGGUCCAGUCACAUGACCUUAAAGAGAGUCCCGACAACGGGGUUAAUGCAACUGUGGAUAUUCCUAAUAUAGACAGCACACAUUCUAAAGCCAAUUCAUCUGAUGAUAACAGUGCACCCUUAAACACUACUACAGAAAAGCUUGAAGGAACUAUAGACAUUCAGCCACAAGAAAAAACAAAUGGUAGUCUUAACUCGUCUGAGGAUGGUAAAAUAAAAAACACAGAAGAAGCUAAUUUAAAAGUCAAUGUAACAGUUGAUGUUGUGGAGCAAAUGGCCAGUGCUCCUCAUCAACCCUCUGCUGAGAUUGAACAAUCGAGCUCAGAUAUUUUAAAGCCAUCUGAGACAGUGUUUACUAAACAUAAUACAACCACUGAUCUUACUCCGCCAGACGUUCCAGUUUUGAAGGACACCACUGUAGAAAUAAAGCCCCCAAGCACAGAAAUAGCUGACCAGGUUAACGGUGCUUCUAAUGCAGUGGAAAUCACUAAACCUGUCUCUAACAGCAGAGAAACAGAAGUUGAGAUAAGCACCUCAGCUUUUGUUUGCUCUUUAGACGCUCCCAAUGAUGCUCCUGAGCUCAAAGCAGAGGAGCAUCACAAAACAACAGAGAGACCUGGAUUGGCUGAAGUUGAGUCCGUUCCCUCCUCUGAUAUCAGCAGAAACAGUAUUUUUUGUUUGGAUGAUACCCUGGACUUGAAGACGAGCUUCAUGGUUACCUCCACACCUAUCAUUUUUGGCAAAGAAUCCAGAUUUGAGAUACUGAGAGAUGCUAAGCCCACACCGAUGAGAAAAAGACUGUCUGUGAUCAACAGUAUUGAGGCCCAAUCGAAUGAUGAGCUUGUUGGUGUGAGUAAUCACAAUGGAACUGAUGCUGUGCAGGUGACUGAGAGCUCAGGUCAGAAGGUCUCGGCGAACUGCACUUCAAGUCACAGUACAUCAGAACCAGCAAAUGAGAACAAGCCUCCCACAAAACUUCCAAUCAAAAGACAGCUUCCUCAACUUUCCUCUAAGCUCAGUUAUCCCAAAUCUAGUCUUCCACCAAGGCCACAGUCAUCCAUGAGCUCAUCAGUAGUGGUCAAACCAAAGACUAUUCAGGGGCCACAGGCCCCGCAUCAUCCUGACAUAUCAUCCACCACCGUGCUCGGCAAGAGGAAUACAGUACAGGCGAACAAGGGGAAGAACAUCGCACCUGUCAGGAACACAGCGUCAGCUAGCACUGUUAAGACCUCUAUGGUUUCUUCUGUCACUGGAUAUAACUUCACUGCUGUUGCAAAGCCUUCAAGCUCUGGUGGUAUACCCCAAGUGAAACAAUCAGGACUAAAGCCCCCAACCCAUAAAAGGAUGGCUCUUAAGACACCACAGACUACACGAUCCUCUGUAGAAACCAUUCAGACUCAGUCCUGUAAUAAACCAACAACAGCAUUACCAGGUAUGAGGACGAGGAAUUCACUGCUUUCCAGUGUGGGCCAAAAGCACUUGAACAAUGAUGGUUUGCCUUCGGCAAAGAGAAAAAGAAUUGCACAUGCUGCGCUGUCUACGGUCGAGAGUGAUGCUUUGCAUCCAGCUGAAGGAGCACAUGAAUCAGGCUGUGCUGAUUGUUUGCAACAUCAAGAAAAACUUGAGAGGAUCCUUCAAGAACUAAUGGGUUUGCGUUCAGAGUGUACAAACUGGGGACCAUUGCACGAAAAACUAGAGAUGUGUGUAAGAGAAAUGAAGAGAAUUUAAGUAGAGAAGAAAAGUGACGAGGAAAGUUUUAACUUUUUAACAGCUGUGGACUUUCUAUGCAGUUCUAUGCAUGUUUAUAAAAAUGUGACACUGUUUGUUAAUAAAAUCUAACUCAAGUA